GAGGAGGAAGAGGAGGGGGGGGGGGGUGGUUGGUUGGUUGGUGUUAACGGCAGCGGAGAGUUUGCCCUCCCUCGGGGGUUGGAGCCUGGAUGGAGGCCGCUUGGUUUUAAGGCUGGCCGCGUGAAUUUUUCGCUCCUCAAAAGCCGGGGUAACCGCGAUGGCGGCCAACGAGGAGCAGACGAUGGAGCUUGAAGCUCUUCGCUCCAUUUAUGAAGGAGAUGAAUGUUUUAAGGAACUUAGUCCAGCAUCUUUUCAAUACAGGGUAGGUAACCUUGGUGACCCUAAAGCCUUCUUGCUAGAAAUUUCAUGGCCUGAAAUGUAUCCAGAACUGCCCCCAAACAUAUCAUUGAAUGCAUUCUUCAACAAUAGCAUUUCUUCAUCAGUAAAACAGAAUAUAUCAGCCAAGCUGCAUGAACAGGUUGAAGCAAACCUGGGGACGGCCAUGGUGUACACACUCUUUGAAUGGGCUAAAGAGAACCAAGAGCAGCUCAUGGAAAAUCACCACCCAAAAGUUAAUGCAGUGACCAUAUCAGUAACUGAAAAUACUGUAACAUCUAAUACUUCUGUGGCUAAGAAAAAGGAGAAAAAAGAACAGCUGUCAAAAUCCCAAAAGAAGAAAUUGGCUGAUAAGACAGAUAACCGAGGGGAAUUGCCACGUGGAUGGAAUUGGGUGGAUGUCAUUAAGCAUUUGAGCAAAACUGGCAGCAAGGAUGAUGAGUAACCCAAAUUUAUGGAUUGGUGUGAACCUAGAAUGUCAGAUUUAUUUUGCUGGAGCACAUUCAUUUCCCGUGUUUGUGUGGAAAACCUCUUUGGAAAAAUUACAGCAUCUGUUUGGUAUGAAAUCAUUGUGGGUUUUGUUUUUACUCGACAGACUAUCUGCACAUUUCAAUGGCAAUUGAUGCACUAAAUCUGACAGUCAACUGGGUCUGUCUACUUACAAAGCAAAAUUAAAAAUAUAGAAUAACUGAGGUCCUACUAAGUUGGACACACGGUAACAGAUUGCUUUAUUGCACAUAUUUCUUGUGGAGUAUACCUCUGUUAAAGGCAUGUUUUGAAUUAUAAAGCCAUGGUUUAAUAUUUUCCCGAGCAGCAUGGUUAAGAUGGUGACCUAUCUGCAAUCAUGCUAAUUGUUUUGCUAUUUUAACGAGGGUAUUAUGGACUGUACCUCUUUUCCUCACUCUCCCUUUUGAUAUCCUGAAAUAUCAUCAUGAGGAAAUCAACCGGAAAUAUUUAGGAUUUUAAUAAAGCUUUUAAUAUUUGUUA